UUGAGGCUGCUGGUGACUGCGCCAAAACGCGCACUCAUUGAGGAUUUUCUCCGCCUGCACGUCCAACUUUUCCUUCUCUCACCCUCAAUCUCUCGGGCUCACCCCCGUUCGCACGGAGGCUCCCUGCCCAUCACUUGGUCCUCCGCUCGGAUCUCUCCCUGUAGUGUGGAACCGGCUCUGGUGCAGUCAUCGGAUGUGAUGGAGGCAGCGGCCGAGGUAGGGAGUUUCGUUAACGGUUUUCUGGACAGCUUUGGACACGCGGGUGCAGCUUCUGCUCCCGUGGGCUCUCACUUCGUUCUCACCCCAGCCGGGGCGAUGGACUACAACUCGGUGACGGGACUGAUGAUGGGGGGACAUGGGCAACAGCAGGAGCACCUCGUGUCCGCGGAGAGGCUGUCCCGGAGCCUGGCGGACCUCAGCCACCUGAAGGGGAUCCUGAGGCGGCGGCAGCUCUACUGCAGGACCGGCUUUCACCUGGAGAUCCGUCCCGAUGGAACCGUGCAGGGCACCAGGAAGGACCACAGCAGAUUCGGUAUUCUGGAGUUCAUCAGUCUUGCUGUAGGACUGGUCAGCAUCAGAGGGGUGGACACUGGCCUCUACCUCGCCAUGAACACCAGGGGUGAACUGUACGGAUCGGAGAAGCUCUCAGCAGAAUGUGUUUUUAAGGAGCAAUUUGAAGAAAACUGGUACAACACCUACUCCUCCAACAUCUACCGGCAUGGAGAAAAAGGUGCAUUUUACUUUGUCGCUCUGAACAAAGACGGGACGGCCCGGGACGGAACAAGGUCGAGACGACAUCAGAGGUUCACUCACUUCUUACCGAGGCCCGUGGACCCGGAUAGAGUACCAGAGCUGUACAGGGACAUACUUGGCCAGAGGUGAGACUGACGGGGGCGUUAGUCAGAGCCGGUCUAAGCUGAAAAGCAAACCAAGUGCACGCUAUCCCGACCCCUGCUCGAGGAAGAUGGGAGAUCUUGUUGAUCUACACUGAGCUAGAUCAUAAAGAGUGCACCUAAUCAACACUCCCCCUCACUAGAACGGAAGAAGGAAUCUGACCCUCUUGGAAGAAGAGUGAAGGUGGAGUUUGACUUAACAGCGCCAAGGACCAUCUGUGGAGGAUGUGAAGGCCCCAUGACUGACAGACAGGCUACCUUGCUGCUUUAUUGGCCUAUGCGGAUGCCCUGGUGGUCUAACAGUUAUACUUCGGAUUUCCACUGAGUUUCCUCAAGACUACCUGCUAGUCUGGUCUGCAUGUUAAAGAGGAAAAAAGUGUGGAGCUCCUAGUUGAGAUCAACAACUGGCUGCUAAUAUCUUUCUAUGCUGUGACUGCUGAGUCUUACCAUUUUCAUUGUUUUCAGUAGGGCUUCUUAUUUCUUUCUCAACACUACCGUGGCUGCUAUGUAAACGAUUUACUGAAAUGCAUAAUUCACGAUACAGAGUGGCUGGUUUACACUAAUAGGUAGUUUCAUGCACUGGAAAGCAGCCAUGUUUGUUCUCGGUAAAAUGGAUCUGUAUCAGGCUGACGACAUUGGAUUGGACUUCCCAAAGACAGGAGGUGAUCAGAGAAAAUGUGACUUUUAUACAAAGUGCAAGGAUCAAGAGAAGAACCUGCCCAAUGGUGUUUCAUGAGGACUUUUCUGUGUCCUGUAAUACUGCGUGUUCUGGUGGAACUCUAGAGACCCAUUCUUGAAUCCAGUGAAGGAAUUGUGUUGUUCUCUGACUGACCGCAUGGAACCGAUACCUUUUACGAACAUGUUGACAGAUUUUAUUCUUAUUUAUGAAAUUUUGUUACC